CAUUCCAGUGAAUCUAUAGGGUCUGGAGAACAUGUAUUCCCAGCAGCCAAAACAUUUUGGUUCUCCUAGUACAUUAGCAAAGCUCAGCUUCUGUGCUGUCUUCUUGUUCUUGAUCUUUCCUCAUGCAGAGCCAUUUGAUCCACUUGAUCCCUUUGGGAACAUCACAAUAAAAUGGGAUGUUAUGUCUUGGACAGCUGAUGGAUAUGUGGCUGCGGUAACUAUGAACAACUUUCAAAUGUAUAGAGCCAUAAUGAGCCCAGGGUGGACUCUGGGGUGGUCAUGGGCUAAGAAAGAAGUGAUAUGGUCCAUUGUGGGAGCACAAGCCACAGAGCAAGGGGAUUGCUCCAAAUUCAAAGGGAAUGUGCCACACUGCUGCAAGAAGACCCCCACAAUUGUUGAUCUCCUCCCUGGUGUUCCAUAUAACCAACAGUUCUCCAACUGCUGCAAGGGUGGGGUGGUGGCCUCCUGGGGCGAAGACCCCUCGGCUUCUGUGUCGGCGUUUCAGGUGAGCGUCGGCCUAGCCGGCACCUCCAACAAGACCGUCAAGCUCCCCACCAACUUCACUCUCAUGGGUCCUGGCCCGGGCUACACUUGCGGCCCUGCAAAGAUCGUUCCCUCCACGGUCUUCCUCACCGCUGAUCGUAGACGAAAAACUCAAGCAUUGAUGACAUGGAAUGUGACAUGCACAUAUUCUCAGCUUCUGGUAUCAAGAUACUCUACCUGUUGCGUCUCCUUCUCCUCUUUCUACAACCAGACAAUUGUUCCCUGCCAACACUGCGCCUGUGGUUGCACCCACAAAAACUGCGUCAAGUCGAGUGACACGAAGAGGCUGAAAUCAGCGGGGAUUAACACCCCAAGGAAAGAUAAUGCAGCACUGUUGCAGUGCACUAAUCAUAUGUGUCCUAUAAGAGUGCAUUGGCAUGUGAAGAUCAAUUACAAGGAUUAUUGGAGAGUGAAGAUUGCUGUGACUAACUUCAACUACAAGAUGAACUACACCCAGUGGACUCUUGUGGCUCAGCACCCCAAUCUCAACAAUGUCACCCAAGUCUUCAGCUUCAACUACAAGCCUCUUGUCCCCUACCAAUCUAUAAAUGAUACGGGCAUGUUCUACGGCAUGAAGUUCUACAAUGACCUGUUAAUGGAAGCUGGGCCUAGUGGGAAUGUCCAGUCGGAGGUUCUCCUGAAGAAGGACAAGGAGACGUUUACGCUGAACCAGGGAUGGGCUUUUCCUCGCAGAAUAUACUUUAAUGGAGAUGAAUGCAAGCUCCCUCCUCCCGAUGCUUACCCACAUCUUCCAAACUCCGCCAUUAGAGGAUAUUAUUCAUCAUCUCCCUGCUCUAUGUUCUUGCUUUUCUUCAUUGUUGUGUCCAUUUUCUGUUCUUGAUUGCUUUUCUCGCAGCUUUAUGCGUAGUUUUUUGCAGCAGAGCAGAGAGCAGAGUGUCAUUUUAAAGAAUGCAUGUGAUAUGAAGAAUUAAAGAUGAUAUACUCAUUGUUCAAUGAAAUUGUCUUGGACAUAUUUGUUUGAUUUUUAUCCCAAUUCCAUAUAAUAUUCUUU